AUGAAGGUGGUUUAUGCAACAAUUGAACCAAAGCCGGGGUACUGCGCGGCUCAGGUUAUUCCCAACCAAUCCUUAACACACUAUCAAGAUUUGAUUGACGACCCCCUUUGUGACCUAUCAUGCAUGGCUCUCAAGAAGUACUUGAGGAAGACUCAAGUUCUAGCAGUAGCAGUUCAUCCUCAUCUUCGGACAGUUCUCACUGCUGUUACUGUUGCUCAUCAUCAUCUUCUUCAUCAUCGUCCUCAAGUUCUAGCAGCAGUUCUUCAUCUUCCUCAUCUUGUGAUUAUUGUCCUCCACGUAGACGCCGUGGCAAAUGCUGUUAGUCCAAUUAAGUCUUAUUAA